AUGGCUCAACCUGCCGAGGCAGCAGGUGCUGGUGCUGGUGCUGGUGCUGCCGCUGCCGCCAAUGAAGAGAUCAAAGAGUAUAAGAUUCACGCCUCGAGCAGGUACCUUGAUUUUACGCGGCAGAAGCUCGAGCUAGCUCGGCUUCCUCGCGAAGUUCCUGACGCGAACUCGAGGGCGCGGUGGGAUCCGAAGCCAACGCUAGAGCCGCUCAUCGACUUCUGGCUUGAGCACUUCACUUGGAGAGAGCAUGAAAGGGAAAUCAAUGACUCGGUCCCGCAGUUCAGGAUCAGCAUCCAGGCAUCUGCCACAGAGGGCCUUUCAAGGAUACAUUUCAUCCAUGCGCGCUCACGGCAUCCAAACGCCGUUCCUUUGCUCUUGAUCCCGCCGUUUCCAUUUACCAAUCUAUCCUUCCGCCACAUCACCGACACCUUUACGCAUCCUGACGAUGCCAACACCAAUCAGCCAUUUCAUCUCGUCAUGCCUUCGCUUCCUGGGCUGGGCUUCAGCGAUUCUCUGCCCAAAAACGUCCAUGUAAUCUCCAAAACAUCCGAAAUGCUAGACAUCCUCAUGAAGCGACUAGGGUAUAGGCAUUACCUCGCGACUAAUUCUGGGUCAUCUAUUACUCCUCAGGGUGGAAUUGACUGGAAAAUCAUCAAACAUCUAGCUGCUAACUAUUCGGAUUCUUGCCUCGGCGUCCAUUUAAUAUCGCCGCCGUUGAAAGCACCAAAGGCAUUGAAAUCGCCAGUCGAAUGGCUAAAGUUGACGUUAGCGAAGACUCUGCAAGCCUCUAUUCUGGGUUAUACGAAGGAAGACAUUGCGGCUCUUCAGAAGAACCAGCGAGAAAGAGCCAGGAUAUCUGCUACAGACUUUGCCACGCAAGAGUCGUUCGGAAACGGUGCAUACGAUCUAAAUACGCUAGCAUACGCACUUUGCGAUUCCCCUACCGGACUUUUGGUCUUUUUCCUGACCAUAAUUAGGUUACUCGGAUCUGAGAAGGAGUUUACUGCAUCAGAACUCGUCACAAUGACCAAGUUGACUUGGCUUCCAGGUCCGGAGGGAACACUAAGAUUAUUGGCAGAGAACUAUUUGUCAGCAAGGGAUGAUACAGAGUUGAAAUCUUCACGAAAACCCAAAGCUGCCAUCACAGUGUUCCUGGCUGAUGAUGUCGCGGUUCAGAAUGGAUCAAGCUCAGCUAGGGAGGGCAUUUCUCCAACAUCGGUCAAUCCCUACGUAUGCCCCAGCUGGGCCAGACAACACUACGAGGUAGUUUGGACUGACCGAGUCCAGGGGAAGCAGGGACUGCUGGCUUGGGAGCGACCACAGGUGAUUGCAGACGGUGCAAGAAAUCUUGCCAAAGCAUUGCUCGUCGUAGACAAGAGGCUCCAUGGAGCUGGGAACAGAACGGCUUAG